AUGGCUGCAACGACGAAACAACUUAACAUACCUAAUAAAGAGAUUUCACAUCGGAUCAAUUUUAUGUACCAAGCCGCUCAUACGGCAUUGACUUGCGGAAAAUCUCAAGAGGAAGCCAAUCAAUUAUGCAGGAUUUAUGUUAGAUCACUCAGAAAGAUAGCGAAGAAAUUAGUACUGAGAUUAGAUCCAAAUAUCAAGAGAACGUUGUGUAAGAAAUGCGAUUUACUACUGAUUCCAGGCAUCACAUCGACAAUACGCCAUAGUUCGAAGCGUGAAAAACAUGUUAUCUUGAAAUGUAAAGACUGUGCAACAACCAAGCGAUUUCUGUCUCGCUCUACUAAUGUAUUAUUUACCGAAAACCCGAAAGUUGUAGUUAGUUAG